AGAUACAUGGAGAAAUGUAGUUUCACUUUGGCAUCGAAGCUGACAACUUCUAAUAAUUAUAUAUACAUACAAACAUAUGUAUAUGCGCAACGCUAGUAAAAUUAUCUGUGAGUUGCUAAAAUAUACGUAUAGAUAGUAGAUUGAUCGAAAAUAGUAAUUUGUUGAAAAUUAUUGAAAUGCAUCCUUUAAAACUUUGUGUGGUCUUUUUGCAAAAAUAACAGACGAGAGGGCAUCAAUGUGAGUUAUUAUAUAUUAGAGUGAAACUAUGUACCCCAUUACCAAUAAAUAUUGAUUCCAAUUACUACAGUGCUCAUCAGGCUAACAGUAAAUAAUCAAAAAUUAUCGUGGAGGUAUAAGGAAAAAAGAAAAACAUUUCUGUUGAUAUAAGCUUGGUGAAGAAUGGUAAAGCGCACUGAUAAAAGCUUCGACUAUUAAGAAGUAUCGAAUUGUUUGCGAAAGGGCGACCCAUACUUGCUAAUGUGCUCAGAAGUUGUGGGGUUGUCACUCAGCUGGAAUGAUUUUGUUUUUUCUUUUUUUUUUGCAAUUACUUUGACACGGUUAACAUGGGUUUUGAAUAACACUUGUUGCUCGCUCACUUGUUACUACCGUGAUUGCCCAUUACUUAUUAACAAGAUUGUAAGACUAGAGGAAUAGGCAGGGGUACCUGAAAAUGGUAGUGGAGUCAAAUUCUGACUUCUCUAAGAUAUGUCUACAUCUAUGUAGACAUGUGUGUAUCUGCAGAUUUUUAUUCUUUCCUUCUAUUAGGUACAUGUUUAGACGUGCUGCUUUCUAAAUAAUUGUGGUGUGCGAUGUUAAACUAUCUGACAAUGACCUUUUAAAUAAUAUCAAUUUGCUAUCAGACAUACAUACAUUUAUAUGUCGAAGUUAUACGAUAUUCAAGGCGUUCAAUGACAUUUUCUACCAAACCCUAUUAUUCAUAUAAAAAAAUGUUGUAAUAUUCAUUAAUAACAAUAAUUGCUUUCACCAAAUAUAAAACUUUGGUCAUCACGUUAGCUAUAUGUAUGUAGCUUUUUAGGUAUUAAAAUUAAAAAGUAAGCGAAAACUUAAUAGAUUAAGAUUACAUCUUCGAAACAAACAAGUCGGCCGAGAACAUUUUGUGCGGAAGGUUCGGGAAGAUGCCAUGGGACGUAAGUAGCGUGUACCUUCGCCUCAAAAAGCGCAACCCGGCCGAUAAAAACUUAAAUACGCUGAAGAAGCUGACAAAGAGAGGAACCCUAACCUUAACAGUGAAGGUUCUUUAGAUAAAACUGCAUAAAAACAAGUUCGCCUCUGCCGAGCUCCUGCUCAAUUAGAGAAGAUCGUAUACGAUGCGGCUUUAGUUCAAGAACCACGGAUACCCCCGGGAAACAUGGUUUCGGGACUCAAGUCGCCGUCAUAUCACACAUACAUCCCGAGCGCAACGAACAAGGUAAAGGAUGGCAGGAAUGAGAAACUACUUCUUGGAUCUUGUUGCAUGCCUCACGCCCACACACCAAUGAACAUUAUCGUCUAACCUAAAAGUAAAUGCUGAUAAGACGGAUAUGGUACUCUUUACAAGGAGGUACAAGAUACCUUGACGCAAAAUUCCUCAAGCUCAACGGGGUAGAGUUAACUACUGAGGAUCAUACCAAGUACCCGGUAGUAAUUUUGGACAGCAAACUGACGUGGAAACUCAAUGUGGAGGAGAGGGUGAAAGGCCAGUUGUGCUCUCUACCCAUGGAAGAACAUGCUAUGGUCAACAUGAGGCCUUUCAUCUGUCCUUAUGCAUUGUUGUUACACAGCGGUAGUCAAGCCAAUCUUACUUUACGGUGCUUUGGUGUGGUGGACGGCUGCCAGUAAAAUAUAAAAUUAUUUAAUUAAAUAAAUAAAAUAUAAAUUCUCUGUAUAACGGGAGCACUAUGAACCAUUCCAACGGCUGCGCUUAAAAGAUUACUCAACCUGCCACCAAUUGCAGUGGAAAGCUUGGCAGCGAAAUCAGCUGCAAGAUUGGCGGUGUUAGGUGAAUUUUCCAUAAGAACCUUUGGACAUAGCUUGAUAUGGGGGUCGAUGGAUAAGAUAGACCACAUACCUUCACGCUCUAUCUGGGAGAGAGGGUUUCAAGUCACGCUAAAAGAAGAUGGAUAGCGCAGGGACACGCGAUCCGCCAGCAAAACUCUUAGCACGGACGAAUCAAAAAUGGCUGAUAGAGUGGGCGCUGGGGCCUAUUGCGUGGAGCUAGAUCUCAGGCGACCCUUCAUGCUUUCGUAAUUCUGGAGUAACUUUCAAGCAGGAGGAUAUCAAUAUAUACGUCGAUAGCCAAGUGGCAUAAAGCAAUAACCCCACAUCGUAUUGUGUCGGAAAAUGUCCUUAGAAGCAGGGAGGCAGUAGAUAUAGUGGCUGCCGAAAAGCGGCUGCAUAUAUACUGGGUUCCAGGCCACAAGGGCGUUCCGGGAAACGAAAUAGCUGAGGAGAUUGCCAAAGGUGCCAUCUGCUUGACUACCGAACCAAUUCAAUAAAUAUGCAAAUCAUUAAAACCGAUACACAACGUAAUUUCCGAAAGAGCUGACAGACGGAUCAGGGAGAGAUGGAAUGCCUUACGGGCAUGCAGGAUAAAUGACAAAUUCCUAAAUAAUGUAAUAUAUAUAUUUAAAUGAGUACAAGGGAGUAAAGAUAAUGAGUAAAAAGAAGAAGCGCUAUUUAAGUAUUUAAAUUCUAUUCUUUCUUUUACAAUUAAAAACUAAAUCAUAUAUUCUAUCAAUAACUCACUUUUAAAUGUGUGAGCGUAUACAUUAAUUCAAAGUAUCAGUUCUAGGUCACGAUUCUUAUGAAAUUAAUAACUGAACUUUAAUACGUAGUUAACGGGAAGGUGGUCUGGUCGGAAGUGACAAAGUUGCUCAUAAUAUAACCUAUGCAUAUCAACUUGGAACUUCAAUGGAACAUCAAAAGGAAUAUCAAUAUCAAAAACAUUUGAAAAAAAAUGAAACCCUGAGCCGUUUAACAUAUUCACCACUAUGUGGUUUGAAUAAGGACACUGUUUCAGUAGGUAAAACUAAACAGAACUCGCCUCCUCCUGCAAUAAUGCAGAAAACAGAUAACAUGUGUUCACGUUCACCCGUGUCAACAAAUAAGGGCUCUAAAGUUCCAAGAUGUUUACCCAAUAUUAAUUCUGAUGAUUCAACGAGACAACCACCACUAAGUCCAGGUGCAUGGAGAUCUUACGGAGCUCACAACUCAUACUCCGAUCCAUUUAUAAUGGCUAAUAGAGGUGGAAAUUGUUUCAACAUGAAUGAAAACCCACGUAGUCCGAAAAUAACAACCACUUAUGCCAAUGAUAGUUAUGAUGAUGCCUCUUCAACACCAUCUUAUUAUCAUACACCGACAUCUGGUUCACAUAGUCCGCGAAGAAUAUCAUCCCACGAAAACUCAAUGGAUUCACCAAUAUCUGGAACAUUUCUUAGCGGUCCAGCAACAUCCUCACCUCGACGAAGUCCUAACUCACCGAGAAAAUUCGUAUUUGAAGCCAUAAGUCCAGUCAUGGAUUAUUCUUAUAAAAAGUUUGAGUACUACGAACAUAUUUCUCCUGAAGAUGAAAUUUCUAAUGAAAUCUAUGAAAUAAAUACCAGUGAACAUUUUGGUACAUCAUCACAAAUACCCACCUCAGCAAAAAUGUGUGAAGGAAAAAGAAAGAAGUCAGAGCAACUUUUGCGUUCCGUACCUUUAGAAAAUAUUUCUAAUUUAUAUGAAAGUCAGCAAAACAGUAAGGAGAUGAAGCCACCAGAGUGGGAAAUAUGUCAAAUUGAUGAGCAUUGUUUGAUAAGUAAUAAAUAUUAUAUGAAAAGAGACUCGUGUGUUACGGAGAGCACUCAGCUAUCAUGUGAUUCGAAUGAUACAACAAAUAGUACGAUUGCUACUGUUACUACGUCUUUCUCCGACCGAUCAAAAAUUGGUGCAAUUUUGGAAGGAGGUGUAUCAAAAGAGGCGACCUUAUUUGAGUUGCAAGAAAAAAGUGUACAUCGAAGACACGCAAUCAAUAUAACUUCCAAUCCCUGUUAUCAGGUAUUACACAGUUCACACUCUACAUUAGAUCGUACCUGUUCAGACAGUGCGGCAUCACUGCAGCACCGUAAAUCAACCAGUGAUUUGACGGGAGACUCUGAAUGUGUCCUAAAUAAGCAUAACGUUUUAGAAGAAUCAAUUUCCACAAGUUAUAAGCUCAGACGGAGGGCUAGUUCUAAAGGCGGCCUGGCAUAUUUAGCUAGCCGCCGCAGUUCACGGGAGUCCAUGAAAAGUGUCUGUUCGAACACAUCUGUCUUUUCCAACGAUGAUAUCGGGCCGUUAGCUUUUCAAGCAUCAAAUCGCGGACGACAACGUCGAACAUCAAAUUUCCUUGAACUACCAGUUCCAGACCAUAUAAGACCACGUGUAUGUUCUCUACCUGAACGUCCAUAUAAUCCUCGAGCUAGUGAUGAUCUUUACCGACUAAGGCACUUUUCAAUAAGCAAGGGUAAUGUAGUGAACUGUGGUGACUCCAUUAUUUCUAGGCGGUCGCGUAGUAACACUAGUGUAAAUUCGACAAAUAGCAGAGCAAGCGAACGUUCACCAUUCGAAGGAUCGUGUUGUGGCGGUGGAUACGCUAAUGUAGACUCAAUUCCUUCAUCAACUGAUACGGACGAUCUCGAACCUCCGCCUCCAGCACGAUAUCGUAUAGUUAUGUUAGGUGACUCAGGUGUUGGAAAAACAGCUUUGGUAAAUCAAUUCAUGACGUCGGAAUAUAUGCACACCUAUGAUGCUAGUCUAGUUUUAGAUGACGAAUUUGGUGAAAAGACAGUAAGCGUCUUGUUGGACGACGAAGAAUCUGAGUUGGUAUUCAUUGAUCAUCCAAGGGAGGAAAUGAGCGUGGAAAACUCUUUAUCAACUUAUGAGCCGCACGGAUGUGUUGUUGUCUUCUCUGUGGUUGAAAAGUCAUCGUUUCGAGUUGCAAAAGAAAUUAUAAAAUACUUGUGGCAGGAAAACUAUAUUAAAUACAAAUCUGUCAUUCUAGUAGGGAACAAAGCGGACUUGGCCCGGGCUCGAGUUAUCUCAACACAAGAAGGAAAAGCAUUAGCUGCCUCACACGAUGCAAAAUUUAUAGAGACAUCUAGUGGAAUUCAACACAAUGUUGAUGAACUAUUAGUAGGAAUACUAAAACAGAUGCGUUUGAAGGAAAAACGAGAAAAGAGAGCUACGUCAUCGAAACUGAAAACUUCUCGCACUCACAUAUCGUUGCAUUUAGCUAAGGAAAUACUGCAAAAGAUAUGUCUUACCGAUAUCUCAAAAUCAAAAAGCUGUGAGAAUCUACAUGUUCUAUAAGUAUCAGCAAAUAAUACAGACUGCUUGAAGCGGAGUAUUCGAAAUUUGCCAUAUUAGGCACAUUACAAAAUUUAUUUAAAAUGCCUUUUCGAAAGCAAAUUGUGUGAACAUUCUAUGAAACGGUAUAAAUAAUAUGUUUUAGUAUGUAUAUAUUGUCCGGAAUUUAUUUUGAGAAAACAGUGAAUAUUGUGUAGAAUAUAUAUGUAAUUAGAUAAGUUUUAGCCAAAUCUUGAAUGAACUGCAAUGCAAAUCUGUUAGCUGUGCUUUCAAUUCUGAAUUGAAAAUUUAUAAAUUUUACAACUACUGCAAAUGAAUCUCCAAAUAUUUAUAUAACGAAUGUGAUGAAAUUAAAUAAAAAUAUACGAAUUGUUAAGAAAUUAUACAAACUGUGUCGUACAUCAACAAUCUACCUACAACUUUUAAUGACAAUGUAAUUGCAUAUGUGCCAAAUUAUCUCACACAGUUAUGAUACUGUUUACCAGUCGAAACAAAUAACAUAUGAGCAAUACAUUGACACAAGCAUACUUGUAUUGCAUAACAUAAUUUGUAUAAAUAUUUUUUAAAAUACUAUUUAUCAUAAAGUAUACAAAAAUAAAUUUUGUUUACCCAAACGUUCUUAAUUAAAUAAAUAAUUAUGUAAACAUAUUUUUUUUUAAAGAUAUUCAUUAUAUUUGAACUACAAAACACGCAAAAUAGUGGAUUAGUAAUAGUUAUUUCUCUGAUUUUCACACAACUAGAAUAUAAUAAAUUUAUAUUGAAACAAAUAAGGAAAUGCUAACUUUGUGCUGUAUACCCAAAUUGCAUUAUUUCUCGAAGUGUGUCUCGGUAUUAUAUGAAAAUAUUGUGUCCCUAGGAUUUGAAUCAAAUUUUAAUUCACGAAUUCAUUAGUUACUUUAAGUAGAAAGUAGGAUUUUGUGUCCAGUAUCAAACAGUAUUACUAAAGUUGACUUUUUAAUUAACUCUGACGUUAAAGUGAGGUUAUUUAUUAAUUAUCUCAUCGUUGGUGUCAAUUUUUUAUUUUUCAAAUACUUGUUAGUAUUUGUUAGUUUUUCUAUCCCAAUGGGUUUCCAAAUUAUCAUCUUGCUUGUCUUCUAUAGGAAUUUGCCGAUAAAUAUGCGAACUGAAUUUCACAUGGACAGAUAUUCAUGGCUAAUACGACUUUUAAUUCUUUAAUAGCAUUAAACCAAACAAAAGUACAUGAAAUAAUCCAAAGUUGCAAGCAAAAAGAGAUAUGUAUGUAGAUCACAAAAAAAUCUAAGAAGCAGAUAAGUAAAAUUACCCAACAGUUCUUGUUAUACUAUAUGAUAAUAAUUUAAUGUGAAAAUUGUUAAACGUGUUAAAUUAACACACAAAAAAAAUUGUAAUUCAGUUAAUUUCAGAAUAUGUAUAUAUAAUACAUUAGAUGUCUUCGAUUCGUCAUUUCUCCGCUCGUCAAAUGAAUCACAUGUAAAAGCAACAACAAAGUUAUCGAGUAGAAUUCGAACAAGAGAAUAUGCGGAUACCUCGCUAAAUUUCUUUUUGCAUAUUUUAGAGCAGUUUUACUAUUGCGAAUGGUUCAAAUAACUAAAUCAACCCAAAUAACUCAAAAUCAAUUAGUAAUUUACAGAAAACUAAAGUUAAGGGUUACUGCCAUGUUUUUUAACGAGAAAAAAAAUUUCUCCACUAUGAAAUAAUCAUGACACUAUUGCCCAUGCGUCAAAAGACAUGUAAUCGCAGGUUUAAAUCACAAUUGCUGCCUAUUCGUUUAAACAUCUUGUAUGGUUUGUUCGAUUUGCUGGUCUCCAACGCUUGGCGAAUCGAAGACAGCUAUUACCCCGUCUACAGCAUUUUUGCGCACGGGUUAUACAUACAUUAUUUUUAUCGCUUUUAUACCUCAAAAUAAGAAAAAGAAUAAAAAAUAGUUCAAAAUUUGCUUUUAUGUAUAAAAAAUCAAAAAACUCAACUCCAUAUAAAAAAAUUUUAUACAUAAAUAAUUUAACAAAUAAAACUACGAUCAUAUAUAUAUAUUAUUUAAUGUAUAUAGUAUAUGGUAUAUAUAUAUAUAUAAAUAUAUACUAUAGAUAAAAGUUAUAUGGAAAGUUGUAGGUAAUAAAAAUAUCUAAAACUUUUGUAUUAACACCUUUUUCACAUAACCUCAAGAUUUCUACAAAAAUAUUUUUCUUUCACGAAAUUUGGUAUAAACUUUCCUUCUUAUGACCCAAAUCCUUGCACAGAAGUUAUCAGAUUCAGACAAAAUUCUUACAUUUUCCUCUGCUGAACCCUAGUCAUGCCUAGCGGUAGUGUGCACAUCCAAACACUGUAUUUUUACUUUUUUAAGGAAUGCGAAAAUUUUAUGAAAUUUCUUUUUUCAAAACUGAAUCAAACGAUAAUAAUUUCUUGCAAACUCUUAUAUACCUAUAUAUGUAUAUAUCAGAAUAUGUCCAUGGUAGUAGAUUCAAAGAUAUAUUAAUAUGUAUUGAAUAUGUAUACAUAUAUUUAUUAUAUUGCCAAUUUUUCAUGUUGAACAAAAUGUUAUUAAAUGAAAUAAACGAAAGUUUUUUUGACUUAAACAGUGUUAAAAACUAUCUUCCAAUCUUAUCAAAAUAUACAUACAUAUGCACACUUAUGCAAACACUGUAUUUCUUUAUAUGCAUAUUUGAACUAUUAUAUAAAACAACCUAUGUAGUGUAAUUAAAUAGUUAUACAUCUACAUUUAUAUAUUUACAUUAAAUAUAUUUUCUUAAAGAAUCUGGACGCUUUAUGACUGUUAAAUGUUGACUAUAAUGUACAAAAUAAUAUUAAAAUAUAAAUAAAUGGCAUAAAUUUGUGUGCAAACCUCUAAAAAUCAUCGAUUUAAUUAGCAUACCCAAUGAAUAGAUAGGUAUGAGUAUCAGCAAAUAAUACCAAUUGCUUCAAGUAGAGUAUUCGAAAUUUGCCAUAUUAAGCAAAUUACGCAAUUUAAUUAAAAUUUAGCAAAAUCUACCUUUUAGAAAGCAAAUAUUGUGUGAAAUUUAUUUUGAGAAAACAGUGAAUAUUGUGUAGAAUAUAUAUGUAAUUAGAUAAGUUUUAGCCAAAUCUUGAAUGAACUGCAAUGCAAAUCUGUUAGCUGUGCUUUCAAUUCUGAAUUGAAAAUUUAUAAAUUUUACAACUACUGCAAAUGAAUCUCCAAAUAUUUAUAUAACGAAUGUGAUGAAAUUAAAUAAAAAUAUACGAAUUGUUAAGAAAUUAUACAAACUGUGUCGUACAUCAACAAUCUACCUACAACUUUUAUUGACAAUGUACUUGCAUAUGUGCCAAAUUAUAUCAUACAGUUAUGAUACAGUCGAAGCAAAUAACAUAUGAGCAAUAUAUUGACACAAGCAUACUUGAAUUUCAUAACAUAAUUUGUAUAAAUAUUUUUUAAAUACUAUUUAUCAUAAAGUAUACAAAAAUGUGGGAGUAGUCAGUCCCUCGAUGCCCGUAAACAAUAUUUCAGUAAAACAUUGUCUUUUGUUAUGACUUUUAUACCUAAAGCUUAUGAAAAUCUAAAGACUAGUUGAAUCAGUAUUGGUAUACAUUUUAUAAAACUCAUCUUGAAAAUGGACCUGGUUAUAAAGCAUUGUCAUAUUUUUAUAUAUUUUUCGGUCAAAAUAAAUUUUGUUUACCCAUUCUUUAUUACAUUUAAGUAACCAGUUUCUCACUACAACUUAUAUAGAACUUUAAAUACUUUAAUUUUUCAGUUGGCCUAUUAAAACGAAAUUAAUACUAAGAACGGAAAGCCUUAUAUCAACGUAUUCUUAUAUAUGGUUUGUAUGUAAGCGGAUGCCACAUAUCGUAAAAUUUGUUAAAAAAAUGUGGUAAGUCUUAUACCUUAUUGCCGUUAUGCUUGUGCUAAAAGCUUUAACAGGUUUCUUAUUUGCGGAAAGCUACAGAAACCAGUCUUCUUGAAAAUGUAGAUAACAACCCUAAUUUUAAAUUUUUGGGUAGCACUGUUCAAAGUACUUAGCAGCAUUGAUCAAAUUUUUGAAUAAAAUCGACCAUUGAUUGUGUGUUGAUGAUGCGUUGAAGUUGAUUAAUGUUAGCAAUUUUAAACAACCUAAAAAAUUGACUACCAUUUAAUUACAAUUAUAUAUAUUAGAUUAAAUAUAUAAAUGCAUCAAUAGACAAUGCAAAUUCAAUUUGCUUUUAUGUAUAAAAAAUUAAAAAACUCAUCUCCAUAAAAUACAAAAAAAUUGUACAUAUAAAUAAUUUAACUGAUAAAACUACGAUAAUAUAUAUAUAUUAUAUAAAAUAUAUAUACUUAUAUAUAUACCUAUAUACCAUAUA